GCCUAGCAAAAACACCUCAAGACUCAAGUUUGGAAUUCUUAUGUUCAAUGGCUAUAAUUGCAAUCCAUAUUGAAUUGCAAAUGUGAUCACCCCCUUAUUGAAAAGACCAAAAAAUGGGCCUUUUCGACGACCAGACCCAAAUUCAGCCAACACAACCCGACCCGACCCCACGUUGUCUUGUUCACGGCAGCAAACAUCGCAUCAAUCCAGAAAAAGCUGUGGCGUCCAAAGAAGGAGCCGUUUGAGUAUUUGUGAGGCUUCAAAUCUCUAUCCGUUGAGGAAUUGUACUUUCAAUGACCGUUUCCCCCUACCUCUCUCUAUAUAUACUUCCACCUUCUUUAAGAAAAAAAUAACAGUAAGAAAAUGUGAUUCUUAUAUCCUAAAAAACAGAGGUUUGGAUUCUUAUAUUCUUGUAUUUGCCUAAAACAUCUUGCUACAUAUAGUAUUGUUAGCAACAUAUAACUAAUUAAGUUUUUUUCUUUUAGUUACUGUACCAACUUGUGUUUGUUCAAUACUUCAUUUAGCUAAUGAAUCUGCUGCUUGAUUGGGUUCUCAAUAUGCAGAGGAAACUGAAUUUCAUCUUGGCAAAUGACCUUAGCAGCUAACUUAGAUUUACAGGUUCUUAAACUAAACUUAGUUCCAUAUAUAGUGCAACUGAUGCUUCUUUUUUUUUUUUUUAAUGUUUGAAGAAAUUCACAAUCGCUAUUUUUUUAACAAUAAUUUGUAAAAUCACAUAAAAAUAAUAACAAGUACAAUGCAGCGAGUGCUACUAACUUAAACUAAUAAUUAAAGAAGAGGAAUUGAAAUAUUUUGAUUGUAAUAAUUUGAUAAAAGGAUUAAACAGUCAGCAACAUUCCAAUCACACAACUAGAUGUAAGCUCAAAAUCCUCUUCUCAAUUUAUAAAUUAUUUUUAAAAAUUACGAUAAAUAAUUUAAGAUAAAAAACGUAGAACAUUAUGAUAAUGCAUUUGUAAAACAAUUAAGUAAAGUUCCAUUGCCACUUUUAUUUGGCUCCACACCUAGAAUGCAUAACCACAAUAACUCUUCACCGCACCUCUUUUAUACAAAUCACUCUUUUUUAUACAUUUGAAAAGUACCUCAUUUUUCAAUCCUAAAUAGAUUUGUAUCUUUUUCUCAACCAAAAUAAUAAUAAUAUUUCUAAUUAAAGAAUCUUUCUAGUUGACAAACAUAUAAUUCUUAUCCACCUAGAAAAAGAAUUUCUUAGAAAAAGUGAAAAAACUUAUCCAUACCAAUUGCCCCUUUACAUUAAUCAAGAGACGGUAUUAUUUGAACAUUAUCAUAUCACUAUCAAUCAUAUGUUCCUUUUAUAAGCUCCAAUUCUAGUGCUUUUCACUACAUUUUUUUUGUAAUUAUCCUUUUUUAAAUUUUGAAAUUACUGAAUUUCAAAUUAUGCAAAUAUAUAACAAUUUAAAUUAAAUUUAAUCGAACUCACAAUUCAAACUGUAACUCUGAUCUUGUGUCUUUUCUAUUGAUAAAAUCUAUGUACUAGAUUUCAUUGUAUAACUUUUUUAAAGUUAGAUAAUAAUAUCAAACAUAGGCAUAGUACUCUUACAAGUGUACUCUUGUCCGCAAGUGGAUAGGGUACUUUAUGAGAUACAAAAAUGUAUAACAACAAAUAAAGUACCAUUAGUAAAAUCGAUGUUAAAAUUUUUACUUGGUUAGUAACAACAAAUAUACAGUUUUAAAAAAUAUGUCUCAUUAUGAUAUUAACAACCUUUGUUUUCUCUAUUUGCAAGUCUUCAAAAAGAAAUUACUACAGCUAAUCAUAGUAUUAUUAAAGCAAAAUGAUUUAAUUAAAAGAAAUUACUACAACCAAAAUAUCAUUAUGUAGACACCAGAUAACAUUUUGGUCCAACAGGAAAUCUGUAUGUACUUUCACUAUUAAGUAUAUGUACUUUUUUUAUCGAUAUUGAUCUUUUCAUGUUGUUUGUUUCAUAUUAUAUUAUCUCGAUAAUAACAUUUCGUUAUAUCAAUACAACAAGAUCAAAUAAAAGUUUCACUUAUCGUUCUAAAUAUAGCUAUAUUUCACUUAUCAAAGUAUCAGUUCGAUUAUUAAAUGGUCAUAUUCACGUGGCAGCCUAGUCGGCAGUCGGCAAUGAAAUGGGGUCCGGUUCUUGAGUGGGCAAACCAUUAUCUUUUUACAAAAUCAAAGUGUUUUAGUGGAGUAUCCAAAUUGAAAACGAACAUAUAUUAAUUCGAAUUAGAGUUCCUAUUAAAUUAGUAUCAAACCUAUUUAUAAUAAAAACAUGCCUUAAAACUUGGAAUUAUUCAUCAAAAUCUAAAGUGAAAUAAUAAUAUUCGCGGUGUUCGCAUUAGAAUUUCUAUUAAAUUCAAAUCACGCAUUAUAAUCUAACAUAAAGAAUGAAACGUUCUCACUAUCAUCCUGAUAUACUUCCAUUAUUACUAGUCAAAAAGUUGAUCUACACUUUUUACACCUGAACACCCUUAUAUAUAAACCCCACCUCCAAGAAGACUUCAAUAAUUCAUCCAACAAGAAUACAAAGAAAAAAACACAUACAAAAUUACCAAAAAAAAAUCAUAAAUUCAUGGACUAUUCAAGAAGAUUACUCCGGGAAGCCACCAUGUCGCCGCCACCGGCAGCCGGAAUCAGCCACGAUACACCACUUGGUCAUAGAGUCAACACAAUUGAUGCAAAUGUUAUUAUGGUUUUGGCUGUACUUGUAUGUGCCUUAAUUUGUUCACUUGUGUUGAAUUCCAUCAUAAAAUGUGCAUUUAAGUGCUCUAGCUUAAUAUUGGCUGAUCCAUCAUCAAAUCAUACAAGUAACAACAACUCUUCUUCAACAAAAUUAGUCAAUAGAGGGAUCAAGAAAAAAGCGCUCAAGACAUUUCCAGUUAUAACAUAUAGUACUACUGAACUGAAACAUCCAGGGCUCGACUCUGAAUGUGUCAUCUGCUUAUCAGAAUUUGGAGUUGGAGACAAAAUCAAAGUGCUACCUAAGUGCAACCAUGGAUUCCAUGUUCGAUGUAUCGAUAAAUGGCUCAAUUCACACUCUUCUUGCCCUACUUGUAGGCACUCCCUCAUUGACACUUGCGAAAAAAUUGUUAAUGGUGGCAAUUCUUCUACUAAUAAUAAUAAUACAGAGGCAGCAGUACAACAAGUUAUAGUAAGGAUUGAACCUCUCCAACGUGAAGGUGUGAUAUCCAAUUAAUUUACAAUCAAAAUUUGGUAGAAAAAAAUAGUAAUAUAGCUAGAUUUUCCUUAGUAAAUCUCUUCUUUUUUCGAGCUCUGAUUAUGAAAGAAGGAACCUAGAAGAAGAAUGUAUCACACAUAUUACUCAAUUAGGUUAGAAGCUUAGAGAGGUAGCAUGUAGUUUCCAAUGAGUUAUCAAGUGUAUAUACAAGUUAAGGUGUUUAAAGUUAUGGCAUUUCGUUUGAACCCUUUAAGUUCCUAUCUUAGGGUAAAUUGGAUUUAGAUUUUGUAUUUUAUGAUCAUAUACAACAAAUUAAAUUAAGCGGGACCCGCUAAUCAAUCUAA